GAAAAGCACAAGAUAACUCACGAAGACUAUCCGUAUUUACAAUGUCCUACAUGCCAUUUAAAAUACAAGCGUAAAGCGGGACUAAAGUAUCAUCAUAUUCGCAUGCACAGCAACGUGGAGCCAAAGUUUAUGUACGGGAAAAGUUUAAAAUUGAAGAUCGAUUUGGUCGAUCACAUUGAAAAAACGCAUCUAAACGCUCGUCACGUCUGUAAAAUUUGUGGUAAGAUUGUCGAGAACAUCACGCACCAUGAAUGGCAGCACGACAAGACUGCGAAAAGAAACGCUUUCAAGUAUAGUUGCGAUGUUUGCCGUAAAAAAUUCUCGACUCGUAACCACUUAUCAUCUGCUUAUGCAUAAGGAUGGUUUCAAGUGCACUUUAUGCGACGUUUUCUCUUCGCCGUAUUCUCUUUCUAGUCACAAGAUCAUGAAACAUAGACAUAGCUCGACGUGUACCAUUUGCGAGAGAUCAUUCCCUAGUACGACCAAUUUUUAUCAACACGUGCUCACUCACGAAGGUAUUAGACCUUAUAAAUGCGAUAUUUGUGGGGAAAAUUUCACGCAGAGAUCUAGUGUCUUGAGACAUCGAAAUACUCAUCCUGGGCCUCUUCCUCCGUUUAGAGAAACCACGUUCAUGGCAGAUAUUGCGAAGAAUAUAUUGAUGAGACUUUCUAACGCUUGAAACGUGAAAUAUCGUAAUGUGACUACAUUGUGGGUUUUAUCGUAGAGAAAUAACUUAAGAAAAAUUCAACUAAAAGAAGACUACUGAGAGUAUAGAAAUGCUUGUGAAGAAAUAUACGCGAGAAACACUGUAUAGAAUCUUGUUCUAUAUGGUAAUUAAUGAUAAAUAUGAACCACAAAAAUUAUUACAUUUACGAAUUGAUUUUAUCGCUUCAUUCUAACGAUGUUUAUAGUAAGUCUAUAGUAAGUGUUAUUGAGACUGAUUGUAAUCGAAACGAAUAUUUUAACAUUGUAUAGAGAACACAACAGAAAGAUUUGUUGACAAGCAUGAAUUUUAGAAGAAAUUAUGAUGCGUGCAUUUAAAGCAUGCUAUGUUUUAAUGCCCUUUAUUGUUAAUUGCUGUGAGACGUCACUUUAUCUAAAUAAAGUUAAGCUACCUAAAGUAUUCACAGAAAACUUAUUGUUUUUAUAAUAAAAUCUACAGAAAAUAA